AUGGCCUCUUCCUCGAAGCCGCCGAGCUCCCUGCUCUACUCCUGCAUUGCUCACCGCACCACCAUCCUCGCCGAACACUCCUCUCCCGGCUCCUCGUCGACCUCGGCGUCAUCGCUAGCCUCUAUCAUCCUCCCCAAGAUCACACACGACAAAUCUCAGAAGCUCACCUUCACACAUGACCGGCUGUUUGUCCACUAUAUUGCAGACUCGCCUGCCGACGAAAAUGGCAGUCGCACGGAGCCCAGCUCCCACGCACCCCUCAGCUUCGUCGUGGUCGCGACAGCCGAGCAGGGCCGCCGCAUCCCGUUCGCCUAUCUCCUUGAAAUGAAACGAAACUUCCUCUCCUCCUAUCCGCCCUCCAGCACCGAGUUUGCUUCACUCCCCGCCUAUGGCUGCGCCGCCUUCAACGCUGAGCUGCGCUCCCUCCUGCAAACCUACAACACCGCUCCGCCUGCUGACUCGCUUGCCUCGGCACGACGUGAGAUCGACAGCGUGCGCGAUAUCAUGACCGAGAAUAUUGAGCGUGUCUUGGAGCGUGGCGAGCGUAUCGAUCUUCUGGUGGAUAAGACCGACCGACUCGGCGGCAGUGCACACGACUUCCGUAUUCGCAGUCGCGGCCUGCGUCGACGGAUGUGGUGGAAGAAUAUUAAGCUGGUUGUUCUCUUGGUGGUUGUGGUGAUCUUCCUCCUUUAUCUGUUUAUCGGCAUGGGAUGUGGUCUGCCCGCCUGGUCCCAGUGCGUCGGCCACAAGAGCCAGGCAUAA